CCCCUGCCUCCGCCUCUGCCCACCCGGCCCAAUCUCUUACAACUGUCCCAGGACUGCUUCUGAGCAGCUUCUGAGACAGGCAGCCACCAGGUUGCCCCUUCCUGCUCCAGCUAGAAAGACUUGAAUUAGACAAGCAGAAGCACACGCCUCCCUGCCUCAUGGCAACAGAAAACGGAGCAAUCGAGCUGGGAAUCCAGAAUCCAUCCACAGACAAGGCACCGAAAGGUGCUGCAGGUGAAAGAACUCAGGCGGCAGAGAAAGACCCCAGCCCCCUGGACAAAGAGAAAGACCCCGGCUCCCCAGACCCAAAGAAAGAUCCAGAUCCAUCUUCCCUGAAGAAAGAUGCCAAAGCCCCUGUCUCAGAGAAAGGGGAUGGUGUCCCAGUCCAACCCUUAACUAGCAGCCAGAGCCCUGAGGGAGAGGGUGAUGGGGGUGGGGGACCCGCGGAGGGCAGUGCUGGGCAGCCAGCAGCCCUGCCCCAGCAGACUGCAACAGCCGAGGCCGGUGUCAAGAAGCGUAAUGCUGAACAGGGACCGCUAGGCAGCCAGGGCGUCCCUGGAGAGUCCAAGGUGGGCAAGAAGGCAGCAGAGGGCCAAGCAGCUGCCAGGAGGGGCUCACCCGCCUUUCUACAUAGCCCUAGCUGCCCUGCCAUCAUCUCAAGCUCUGAGAAGCUGCCAGCAGAGAAGCCCCUCAGUGAGGCAGCAGAGCUCAUCUUUGAAGGGGUGCCCGUGACCCCUGGCCCCCCAGAUCCUGGGCCAGCUAAGACAGAAGGAGGGAAGAACACUCUGGCGGGGAACCAGAAGGAAGCAGCACAGAAAGCCCCAGGCCAGGCUGGCCAGGCUAAGGAGCAAGGGGACACCUCGAGGGGGAUCGAGUUCCAGGCUGUUCCCUCAGAGACAUCAGAGGUGGGGCAGGCCCUCUGUCCCACAGCCAGGGAGGAGGACUGCUUCCAAAUUUUGGAUGACUGCCCACCGCCCCCAGCACCCUUCCCACACCGCAUCGUGGAACUGAGGACCGGAAGUGUCAAUAGUGAAUUCAGCAUGAACUCCAAGGAAGCACUGGGAGGUGGCAAGUUUGGAGCGGUCUGUACCUGCACAGAGAAGGCCACAGGCCUCAAGCUGGCAGCCAAGGUCAUCAAGAAACAGACCCCCAAGGACAAGGAAAUGGUGAUGCUGGAGAUCGAGGUCAUGAACCAGUUGAACCACCGCAAUCUGAUCCAGCUCUAUGCAGCCAUCGAGACCUCGAAUGAGAUCGUCUUGUUCAUGGAGUACAUCGAGGGCGGCGAGCUCUUCGAGAGGAUCGUGGAUGAGGACUACCAUCUGACCGAGGUUGACACCAUGGUGUUCGUCAGGCAGAUCUGCGAUGGGAUCCUCUUCAUGCACAAGAUGAGGGUUCUGCACUUGGACCUUAAGCCGGAGAACAUCCUGUGUGUCAACACCACAGGCCACUUGGUGAAGAUCAUCGACUUCGGCCUGGCACGGAGGUAUAACCCCAAUGAGAAGCUGAAGGUGAAUUUUGGGACUCCGGAGUUCCUGUCCCCCGAGGUGGUGAAUUAUGACCAGAUCUCUGAUAAGACGGACAUGUGGAGUCUGGGGGUCAUCACCUACAUGCUGCUGAGUGGCCUCUCCCCCUUCCUGGGAGAUGAUGACACAGAGACCCUGAACAAUGUCCUGUCCGCCAACUGGUACUUUGACGAGGAGACCUUUGAGGCUGUGUCGGAUGAGGCCAAAGACUUUGUAUCCAACCUUAUCGUCAAGGACCAGAGGGCCCGGAUGAAUGCUGCCCAGUGCCUUGCUCACCCCUGGCUCAACAACCUGGCAGAGAAAGCCAAGCGCUGUAACCGCCGCCUCAAGUCCCAGAUCCUGCUGAAGAAAUACCUCAUGAAGAGGCGCUGGAAGAAAAAUUUCAUUGCUGUCAGCGCAGCCAACCGCUUCAAGAAGAUCAGCAGUUCGGGGGCGCUGAUGGCUCUGGGGGUCUGAGCCCCAGGAGCAGCUGAGGCCUGGAUGCAGCCACAGAGCGGCCAGGGCUGAAGCCACACAGCCCAGAAGGCCGGAGAAGGCAGGCCAAAUCCUUGGGGCUGGCUGGCCAGGACGGGCUGUGCCAGGCUGGGAGGCUCGGGGCUCCCCAUGCCCCCAGCAGCGAUUCUUCCCCGACUUGAGCCGCCUUGGACCUUAGAGUGUGCCCUGGAUCCAUCCUGCUGCUACCUCCCCAGACAGGUCUCUGACCCGUGGCUGUGCCCAGACUCCACGGCGGUGUGGAGCUGCUCCCUGUUCCCCUCCCUGGCUCUCCAUUUGAACUGCUGUUCUGGUGGCCCCUGUUUUGCCUCACUGGGACACUCCCAGCCUGGACUUGUUCCUAGCUAGGGUGGGAUGGCUGGAGGUCCAUCACAUGGGCUUCUGCCGUUGUGGAUGGGAGGUUCCUGGCAGGGCAGGCAGGCAACGGCACCGAUUCCUCAGGCCCAGCUGUCAGGGGAGACAGAGCAGGCUUUGUGAAAGAGGACCCCCCUCCCACUCCCAGCAGAUAAGGCCCUGUACACACCAUCUGGCCUGCCCGGCCCCCACCCACUUCUUUGUGACCACCAACACACAGGAAUUCUGCAAGAGAAGGAGCCCAGCCCAGGCUUCCAGGAGAGGAAAAGGCCUGGGGGACACAGAAGACCACCCCCGAGCUCGCCUGAGGGCCAAACCUGCCCACCCCAGCCACUCGGGGCCUGUCCCAGGGGCAUCCAUGGCCUCAGACAAUGGAGCCAGCAGGUUCAGGUGUGCGAAGUCCAUUGGGCAGCCCCCAACCUGCUCUCAGCUUGUGCCUUGUAAAUAAAUGUACAGGUUGGAUGCAGCCUGCUUCCCUCUUCGUAAGCAUACACUGUGUUGAGGUCACAGGUGACUACCCUUCAUAAAGCACCCGUUGUGCACCAAGGACUCCAGUAUGUCUGUAGGCAGUGUGCUGUUUAUGCAUGCAGGCUCAGGAGCUUGACUGCCCAGCAUGUGUGGUCUGGGCAGGUGGCUUCCCUGCUCUGUGCCUCAGUUUCCCCACCUGUGAGAGGGAAGUCACACAACAACCAAAGUGGGCUGGGUGGUGGUUUGUACUAGGCUCGAGUUGAGUGCUUGCAUGUAUGUGAACUUAUUACUCCUCAUAGCAGGAUAAUAAGGGAGAUAAUACAAUUUCUAGUUCCUAGAGGGAAACUGAGUCGGGGUGGUAAGUCAGGGGUAGGAACCACCUCACAGGGCGAAUGGUGGGUCAUCAGUGGGAUUGAGGUACAGCUCAGGGAGGUGCUGCAGGCAUGUUAGUAUGCUCAUCUUUGCUUAACGCAUUGGGGAAACUGAGGCUCAGAGCAGGGGAAGAACUGGAAUGUCCAGUGAGUCAGGGGCUGGGGCAGGAAAUGAACUCUUCCAUCUCCCAGAGCAAGGCUCUGCCCAUGAGCUCACCUGCUUCUCCCCAGAACAAGUUGAGAGCACAGUGUAGGGUCUCUGAGGGAGGCGGUGGCCCCAUGUCUUUGCCCUGCAGGGGUGGGGGCUUCUGUUCUCUGCUCCCCACUGGUGGCAGCCACUUCUCCCAGGCCAGCAGGAUGGGGGAGCUCCAUCUAUUGGAGGGAGCAGACCAGAGGGCAGGAGAACACAGAACAGGGUGCGGCUCCUCUGGCCAUGAGGAUGACUGAGUUCAUCGGAGGUGGCACCGCGGGCUGGGACACCAAGAUUCUGGUGGUAGCAGCAGGAGCAGCAACAGACACUGCAGGUAGCCUGCAGUGAGUACUGUGGUCCCCAUCUCACAACUCUGCUGGCUGCGACCAGCAUGUGAGUGUCGUGCGUGUUUCUUAGAUGGGGACGCCAACCUCAGGGAGGCUCAACCUCUGACUCCCAGUCACACAGCAAUCGGUGUCAGAGCCAGGACCUGUCCCCAGACAGACAGGGUGUGGAGAGCCCCUGCUCUUACCUGCCUCACUGCCCCUCUGGAGAAGUCUUUGGGCACAUGGACAGAGACCUUGGUGGUGCCUUCCAUCUCCCUCCUACCUCCUUGAACACCAUGUUGGAAGGCAGAGCCAGGCACCUUGCCCUUCCUGCCCUAUUCCAGCAGGUGGGUACAAAGCCCCCUUGUAGCAGGUGCCAUGUGGGGUGGGGGAUUGGGAGACUUUGGGUCUGAGCCUGGCUUUUGCGACCAUAGCUUGGUGGAGGGGGGGGGUGAAAAGCCUGGCUUGGACUCUUUAUGGGAGGUGUGCUUAUGGGCAGAGCACCCGGGGCAUGCAGUCCUGCCUACCCGCCUGCAGCCCUCCCAGCCACCUGCCAGCUGGGCCAGGCUUGUGGUUUCUGCUGAGUGGAUGGCUUGGCCUCACUGGCCCCCACCCAGGCUGAGCCUCGGCCACACAGCAAGAUGAUGAAGGAUGAGUCACCGCUGUGGGGGAAGGGAAGGAAGUGAGGUCCAGCCAGAGCAGAGAACCAAGGCCUGGAUCUAGCUGGGGAAACUGAGGCUGAAAGAGGGAAGGCCCCUCAUCAGAGAUGGCAGCAAUAGGGACUGCAACCCAGCACUCAGGAUUCCCAGCACAAGCCCCAGUUUCCUUCUCUAAAAUGUGAGAGUGACAACUUCAGCUCUUUUCUUCUCUGCCAUUCCCAGGGCUAUGGCAGUUGAGAGAUGGGAUUGAGUCACCAUAUUUCACAGGCUAGGAAACAGGUUCAGAGAGGCAAAGUAACUUGCCCAAGGCUACACAGCAAAUCAACAUGUCCUGGGCAAAAACGCUCCCAGAACCACAGGACAGGGUUAAACUUGCCCUCCCUUCCCCAACCCCUUCCUUCCUCCAACUUCCUCCCAGGAGCGUAUCUUGGAAAUCUCACUUUUUGGGCCUCCCCUGGUCCCUGGAAAUAGAGAAUAUAGAUUUCACAAUAUGGAUGGAGUUGAAAAUGAGGUUUCAGAGAGAUUUUGUUCUUAUGGGGGGCAAAGCUGGGCCACAGCCAUUGGGCGUAGAAUUGGUCUGCCUCCCUGGAGGCCUGGGCCUCAGCCCUAGUGACCUCAAUACAGCUCCCAUCCCUGGCCACUGCAGAGAAAGAUUUUUUCACCCUAGGAGCUGCCCCCAUGGAGAAAGGGAGUCCACAGCUGGUUUGGGACUGCUAAACUGGAGCCAGGACUUGGCCAGGGUCAAAGUCAAGGUCCCCAGGGUGCCAGGCUGCGAGAUUCCCUGCAUGGUUUACCCUGUCCCCCACAGCCCAGGGGCACAGCUCCUGUCACAGUGUCCAUUCCAUUGCCAGUGUUGUGGGCUUUCCCACUACAGUGUGUGUGCCUCCACAGUGCUCGGCUGUGAACUCCCACCCCGCAUAGGGUCCUGGAUGCCCCUGUGGAACAAGAAGGGUUAAGACCUUCUGCGAGACCCCUCCUCCCAGCUGGUCCCAGCCAGAGAGCUUUCUUCCAAAACCAUUUCCUGCCUCUGGGCCUUGGCCAGGCCCACAGUGACCACCCCCAUGGGUCUGGAAGCCACUGAGGCCACAUCUGGUUUGUAUUACCCCAGGGUUGGUGACGUUGUCUGUUCCUGUCUGGGUCUAGUGGCCUUGAAUUCCACCAGCCACCUUGGACCCAACAAAGCAGUGGUGGGAAAAGAUUCAGCCAGCAACAAGGCUGCCUUGAGGGUGUGAGGCAGCUAGGGCUGUCCUGAAGGAUGUGGAGCUCCUACCCAUGUGAGGCCUGUGCACCUGCUCUUCCCACCUGCCCUCCUGCCUUUUGUCCCUGGGAUGGUUAGCAUUUAGAGAGUACCUGCCACUGGACCAAGGAGUUCCUACUUGGUUCAUCUCACUCCUAACCUAUAAGCAGGCAUUUUCUUUUUCUUUUCUUUUCUUUUUUGAGAUAGGGUCUUGCUAUGUAGCCAGGCUAGCCUCCAACUCACAAUCCCCCUGCCUCAGCCUCCCAGGUGUUGGGAUUACAGGUGUGAACCACCAUGCCCAGCUAGAGCAGGUAUUAUCAUCUGCAUCAUUUCACAGGUGGGGGAAACUGAGGCACACAGAGUGGAGAAAAAAGUCCAUGGGCUCCUAGCCAGUGAAGAGCAGAGUCAGGCUACACGACACACAGUCUGACUUCCACACAUCCAAUCACUUCACAACUGUUUUUUAAGUCUUACUCUGGGCCUGGUCUCAACCAAGAGCCCAGAGAGGAAGUAGUCAUCCCUGUGCUCAGGAAGCUCACAGCCUCUGGGACUCUGGAGGGAGGGUGGAAGCUGGGACUCUGGAAGUAAGAGUCAUGGAACCAGGAAGACGGGAAGGAGACAUCAAUAGGUAUUCUAGCUUCUCUAGGGCAAAACACCGAGGGCUUGUUCAGAUGGCAGAGGGGCUGUUGUAGGCUGGGGGGUGGGGUGUGUGCAGGUCCAAUGACUGGAGCUGCAAGCAGCUUGCCUUGGAGCAUCCAAGCAGGGCUUUUGUAUAAGAUGAAACAGGAAAUAAGUCUGGAACAAUUUUCAGGAGCCUUUAAUGGCAGGCUGACUCAGGGCAGUAGGAAGCUAUGGAAGGGUUUUGACCAAAGGAGGGACAUGAUCACAUCCAUGUGGAAUGGGGAAGAGAGGCUGGAGACAGGGAGACCAAGGGAGGCUGGGCCCCAUCUACUGGAGAGAUUGUAAAAACUGGGGCUGGAAGAGGAAGCACUGAGCUCAGAUGCCUCUAGACAGAUAGGCUGGUAAUGAGCACUGGGUUCCAGGUUGAGCCGAACAUGAUUCAUAUCUGCUUACUCAUCCUCUCUGAGUCUCAGUUUCCUAUCUGUAAAACAGGGUAAUCAUAGUUUCUGCUCCUCGGGGUCAAUGCGAAAGUCACAGAUGUGUAGGUAGUACCUGGUACAGGCUGCUGUGCUGUUUAUUUCUGGAGCCCCUGACAGGUUCCUGCCACUAUUCUAGGUGCUGGGGACAAGCAUGGAAUAGACAAAAUUCCUGGUGUCGUGGGGGAAAUAGACAGUGACAGCAAUAGUGAGUUUAGAGUGCGUUGGCCGGGGAGAACAGGAAGCAAGGUGGUCAGGGAGGGCUUCUGGGAGGAUAUUUGAAUGGAAACUGGUGGAUGUGAAGGAGAGAGCCCUGCGGAUGCUGUGCUCCUGGAAGAUGCCAAACAGAAGGAAGAGCAAGGUGAAGGCUGCUGGAGUGAGGGGGAGGUCCCAGGAGAUGUAGCCAUGGCACACAAGCCCUUACCCAUAAGCUCUUGGGCUGUUGCUCUGAGCCAGAGAGGUUGCCCCUGGGUUUCUUUGAGAUUAAUCCCUGGUGAACAAUGAGUGGGUGGCCGCAACAGACCUUCACUGAGGUCCUACUGUGUGCUGAUCAUUGGGUUAGGGAAGUGGAUAAAGUGAUUAAGGCAGAUCCUACUCUUGUCUCCUGAGGCUUGCAUUCUAAGGCAGAGACACAUAAAAGCGAAUGUAUGUACACCUGUGUCAUUCUACAUCACAAUGGGUUCCCCUUGGACGCACCAUGGGGGAAGUAGAGAAGAAGAACCCCAUAAAGGGCUGCUCACCAGACUCGGGGGUGCAUGAAGCUUCUGGGCAGGGGAAGGGUUGACUUGGGCUCUGUAGUCAGCCCAAGGGGGAGAGGAUAUCCCAUCAGAGCAAACGGCCAUUGCACAGGCCCAGAUAAUUACUUCACCAGGGAGCCAGCUGUCCUAGGGAGUAGGAGGACCAGCCUCUCUCUCCUGUACCCAAGUAAAACCGGGGCACUGUCAGGCUUGGCACUGAGGACUGUGAUCAGGAGGAGGCAGCACUGGCCUCCCAGGCUGACUGAGUGACUAAAUGGGCCUCUGGCCUGUUUUUAGCUUCAGAACCACUUCCUCCUGCCCCACCAACUGCCUCCCUGAGUCACUCCCCCCAGUUACCAGCACGGUGGGAUUAGAGGACAGUGUGGGGGAGUGAAUUAGCCACCUCUGGACCUCAGGGGAUGUGGUCUCUGCCAUGUGUGCAGAAAGGAGCAUAGAGAACUGGGCAGAGGGUAUGAGGCCCUCCAGUGGCGAUGUUUUUAAUUCUAAUUUCAUUCCUGUUGACCAAACUGUUCCUGUAGUGUGCAGAAUCGGACUUCUCACAUACAGUCCUGGGGGACAGAAACACCCCCAUUUUACAGAUGGGGAAACCAAGGCUCUGAGAGGUGAAUCCACUUUCUCCAGGUCACACAGCAAGGAAGUAGAGAGGUCAGGAACUGAGUACAUAGCCUUGUCUAUGUAACAGUCCUUCCUCACAGCCUCCCUCCUUCCAGCACAGCAGCUGGACACUGCCCUAGUAGGGAAUAAACCAGACUAAGGGGGGAACAUUCUCAGGACCCAAAUGCUAGUUAUUCCACUUCAUUGCCAUGUACAAUUUAUGUACAUUUCCAUGUACAAUUUAUUCCCUGUUCUAAGCACUUUGCAAGUGUUAAUCCAUGUAGUGCUCACAACAGCCCCAUGGGGUAAGUACUGGGGGCUCCCACAUGCUACAGACAAGGAAAACAGAGAGGGGAAGCAACUUGCCCAAGGCCAUCCAGCUAGGAAGCAUGGAGCUGGGAUGUGAGUGCAGGCAGCCGGGCCUCUGGCAGCCUGGCCUGUGGAGUGAUGGGAGCCCAUGUAGGGAAGGGAUAUUUGGGCUGAAGCCUGGAUUCCUGGGUUCCUCCACUCCUAGCGGGACAGAUGGACGUGCCAGGCCAACACUACCUCCCCCUGCUUCCUCAUCAUUGUGGCAGCCAAGGCCUCUGGGGGAGAGGGUCUCCCUGCUGGCCAAAGUGCUGUCUGUGGUGUGGGAAGGCAGCUUAACGGGUCUGUGGAAUGCCAUCCGCCUGGGAAGGAAGCAGUGGGCGGGAGGCAAGCCUAA